AUGGCUUCGUUUUUUCUUUUUCUUUUAAUCGUCAGAUUAGUACAUGAAAGCAAAGAAACAGCAGCUGGAGAUAUCUUUCCUUUUCGUAAUGUUUCAUUGGACUGGUCUGUACGUGUGGACGACCUUGUUUCUCGUCUUACAGCACAUGAAAUCAUCGAUCAAAUGGCGUACGGAGGUGGAUGGGAUGCAGGUGUUACACCUCCUAUACCUCGAUUGAGUAUUCUUCCCUAUUCAUGGGGUACUGAAUGUCUACGUGGUGAUGUUAGUGAAAAUUCCACAGGAUUUCCGCAAGCAAUUAAUCUUGCUACGACAUGGAAUAAACAAUUGGUCAAAGCAGUAGCCAAUGCUACAGCAUACGAAGUACAUGCACAUUAUAAUCUUUUUACUAAAGAAGGUUUAUACGGCGUACAUCGCGGUUUGAGUUGUUUUUCGCCCGUGGUGAACAUUAUGCGACAUCCACUAUGGGGUCGAGGUCAAGAAACGUACGGCGAAUGUCCAUAUCUAACAGGAAUGUUCGCUAUUUAUUUUGUUCAUGGUCUUCAAGGGCCAUCAACUGCACGCUAUCUAAAUACGAAUGCAGGCUGUAAACAUUUCGAUUCUCAUAAUGGACCCGAAAAUAUUCCAGUUUCGCGCUUUUCAUUCGAUGCACAACUCUCCGAAUACGAUUGGCGUUCAACAUUUCUUCCAGCGUUUCACGCUUGUGUCAAUGCUGGUAGCUAUGGUAUUAUGUGUUCGUAUAAUUCUAUCAAUGGUAUUCCAUCGUGUGCCAAUAAUCGUCUUCUAACUGAUAUACUUCGCCAAGGAAUGAAUUUCACAGGUUAUGUUGUUGCUGAUGAUGAUGCUCUUGUCUCGAUCCAUACUGAUCAUCAUUAUGUCCAGACAAAUGAAGAUGCAGCUAUUGUAGCACUACAAGCUGGUGUCAAUCUGGAAUUAUCUGAUUCGCCAGAAGCAACGAUGUUUGAAUUAUUGCAUCAAGCAUAUGAUGAAGGCAAAAUUAAUAAUCAAACAUUAAUCCAACGUGUCAAACCAUUAAUGUACACAAGAAUGCGCCUCGGAGAAUUUGAUCCACUUGAGAUGAAUGAUUACAAUAAAAUACCUAUGAAUAUUAUACAAUGUGAAUCACAUCGCAAUCUAGCACGACAAACUGCAUUACAAUCGUUUGUACUUUUAAAGAAUCACGGAAAUUUCUUACCUAUUCGCAAUCCAAGUGUAUUCCGAAAUGUUCUCUUUCUUGGACCAAUGUCAAAUAAUCCUGUUCAACAAUAUGGUGACUAUUCACCCAUCGUUGAUCCGUACUACGUAACAACACCGUUGAGUUCCUUACAGGAUAGUUUUGCGAAUACCAGUUACAACGAAGCAUGUUUGGAUGGAGCUAGAUGUUUAAAAUACAAUCAAACAGAUAUAAUUCAUUAUUUGAAGAGCAAUCGAUUUGAUUUGAUCAUUCUUUCACUUGGAACAGGACCUGAUAUAGAAAGUGAAGGAAAUGAUCGUGCAACAAUGAACCUACCUAAUAAUCAAUUACAAUUACUUCAAGAUUUAUUGAAUACCAUUGAUCCGAUGCAAACAAAAAUCCUCUUUCUAACCAUUUCGGGCACACCAGUAGAUAUUCAGCUAGCAGAACAAUCGAACCAAAUACAAGCAAUCAUUCAUUUAGGAUUCGCUGCACAAGAACUAGGUGAAGCACUGAAAAUGGCAAUUAUUGGCGAUGGUGCAUCAAAGUUUGGUCGAUUACCAUAUACAUGGCCAAAAAAAUUAAGUGAUUUACCUGGAGAUUUAACGCGGUACGAUAUGACAAGUGGCUUCACAUAUCGCUAUUCAAAUGUCGAACCAUUAUAUUCAUUUGGAUAUGGUUUAUCGUAUUCGAAUUUUUCCUAUUUUGACCUUCGUUUUAACGCCACAACAAUCAAACCUGGCGAUGGUUUAACAAUCUAUUUCAAUGUUAAAAACACAGGUGAACGAACAUCUGACGAAGUUGUACAAAUCUACUUGAGCAUUUCUCUAAAAAAUACUUCUCUAGCAAAUGUUUCACGCGCACAGUUAGUUGAUUUCGAACGUUUGUCAGACAUCACUCCACAACAAACCGUUCCCUACCAAGCAAUAAUCAGACCAGAACAAAUGGCUGUAUACGUCGAUGGGAAAGGUUUUAUGAUUCUACCAGCCACAUUGAGAUUUCAAAUCGGAAGUUUCCUUCAACCCUACCUAUCAGGCAAUGUCACUAUCGACGGUACGGAAUACUCCGUUGGGCAAUACAUUUCAUACGCUAGUUUGUAG